CAGAGGUCUAUUAAAGGGGCUAAAAACCAAGGGCACAUUGGACGCUCACAAGAGAGACGAAAGAAGAACAGCAUAUCAUCGUUCGGAACUCGGGUAUUCCGUUCACUAAUUCGCGAUUUCUCACUACGUUCUUCUCUUUCCCAGUCUCAGUUCGUCGUCAAAAAGUACCCAAAUUUCUCUUUCAAUCACAAUCUCAACGCCGAUCAAUUGCCGCAGCAUACGCCGUCACCUUCCCCCUGAAAUCAAAGGUUGUAAUGGACCCUUCCAUUAUGAAACUCCUCGAAGAGGACGAGGACGAAACAAUGCAUUCUGGGGCUGACGUCGAGGCCUUCACAGCUGCUUUGAAUAGGGAUAUAGAGGGCAAUACUUCCACAUCACAACCCUCUAAUUCAGACACUGCACCUUUAUCUCAAGGAAGCAAUCACACUUCCAGUCAGUUAUUUCCACCUUGGCAAACUUCCAGACAAGAUAAAAAUACCAAUGGUCAAAAUCAACAGGAUCUGGCUGGUUUCCUGCAACAAGAGCGACAUUCAUCUGGAAUGAAGUUAAAGCAACAUGGAUAUGGUCCUGAGAACCAGCAGCAACAAAUUAUCACUUCACGGGAACUGAAUUGCAUCCCUUUGCAACAGAAACAACCACAGGAUGACUGUCAAAAAUGGCCAGUCGAGCAAAGCAACCUCCAUUUUUCGCAAUCAAUGGGUAUUCAGAAUUUUGGAAAGAAUCCAGUCCAUAUCAGAAAGCCAGACAGAACACACAAUUCCAGGAGUGAGUCUCAAUACCCAAAGUUACAGAAGAUGAAUAAUCAGCAGGCAAUGGCAACAGAGCAGACAAUAAAUCCAAUGAAUCAUGGAAAACAAGUGUCAUUUGCCCUGUUGCUCCCAGUCAUACGACCUCAACUUGAUAAGGACAGAGCCAUGCAACUAGAGACUCUUUAUGUUAAAUUGAAGAAAAAUGAAAUCUCCAAAGAGGAAUUUGUACGCCACAUGAGAACUAUUGUAGGGGACCAGAUGCUCAAGAUGGCAGUAUAUAAGUUUCAAGCACAGGCUGCUCGAAACUCGCAGACUGGACCCAGCCAACAGUCAUUACAGUCUCAAGCUUCUGCACAACCACAGAAUUUGAAAAUGCCAUCUGUUGGUACAAAUCACGGAACUGUUUCUCAGUCAUUUGCACAAGUUCAUCAGAAGGAUGUCACCUCUCCUGCAGAUGUGUCUCAUAUUCGUUCUUCAGCUGCAAUACUGAAGACUGAUCCAAGCAAUGCGAUGAUGGAUAGUAAUGGUAAAAAAUCACGCGAGAUGGAACACCAAUCAGAUUCACAUGGAAUGCCAGUAAACCAAAUGGUGCUGUCCAGUUUGAGUAACAUAAACCAAGAAAAGGAGUACCCCAUAAUCCCCAAUCAAGGUCUUAGCAAGCAGCAACAACAGCAUUUGCAUUUCUCACAGUUUAGUUCUCGGGUCCCAUCUGCAACUUCUCCGGUUGGGCCCGGAGAUAAUGCAAAGACAAUCCCGAAAAAGCCUUCUAUUGGCCAAAAGAAACCACUGGAAUCCCUUGGUUCUUUGCCACCUCUACCAAGUAAGAAGCAAAAAGUAUCUGGGGCCUUAUUGGAUCAAAGCAUUGAACAACUCAAUGAUGUGACUGCUGUCAGUGGAGUUAAUCUUAGGGAAGAGGAAGAACAACUGCUUUCUGGGCCCAAAGAAGACAUUCGAGUUUCAGAAGCAUCUCGAAGAGUUGUGCAAGAUGAAGAAGAAAAGCUGAUUUUGCAGAAAAUUCCCCUUCAAAAAAAAUUGGCAAAAAUCAUGUCAAAAUGCGGUGUAAAGAAUAUUAGCAAUGAUGUGGAUCAAUGCUUGUCAUUGUGUGUGGAGGAAAGAAUGCGUGGACUGAUAAGCAAUCUGAUCAGACUGUCGAAACAGCGGGUUGAUAUUGAGAAGCCAAGGCACCAAACUCUUAUAACCUCAGAUGUUCGGCAACAAAUCAUGGCAAUGAACCGGAAAGCCAAAGAAGAAUGGGAUAAAAAGCAGGCUGAAGCAGAAAGACUCCAAAAGCUCAAUGAACCAGAAGGUAAUGCUAGCGUUGAUGGCGGUAAGGAAAAGGAUGAGGGUCGUGCAAAAUCAGUGAAGGCAAACAAAGAAGAGGAUGACAAAUUGCGGGCAACAGCUGCAAAUGUUGCUGCGCGAGCUGCUGUUGGAGGAGAUGAUAUGCUGUCAAAAUGGCAACUAAUGGCUGAGCAAGCUCGGCAAAAACGUGAAGGAGGAAUUGAUGCUGCUUCUGGUUCUCAGUUGGGUGAUAUGAGCCACAAGCAUUUAUCAUCCUCUGGAAAAAAUGCAAGGGAAAAUCAAGAAGCAGAGAAAAUGGGCCAGCCAAGUGCUGCUGUGUCAUCUGGGUUAAGUAGACAAUUCGUAAGGAAUCAAGUUGUGGUUCCUCAAACUGAAGUUGCUCGCUCCAUCUCUGUUAAGGAUGUGAUUGCUGUCCUUGAAAGGGAGCCCCAGAUGUCAAAAACUACACUAAUAUAUCGCUUGUACCAAAAAACACAUGCUCAUGCUGUAGCUUAAGAAUCUUUGGGUUCAUCAUGUUGCCAGUGAGAUCUUCAGCUCAAGUACAUUGCAAGGUUUGCAAAAAUGUAACACCGAACAGGUUUUACCAAGGGCGCACUUAAUUUUGAUGGUUCUUCUUGUUAUUCUGGUCCUCUUAAGUCAUGUGCAGUUCGGAGUGCUAGUAAGGAAGGUUGCUGUUUUUAGCUUGUAACGCUAAUGCAACUGGCUUCUCUGUUAUAAUUGCAACAUUGUCUUUUGUUUA